UGGAUUUGUCCAAUUUUUUUUUUCUUUUCAGGUUAAAGUUCACUCAACCAAUGGAUGAAUCAUGUGAAAUGCCUGAGGCACAAAAAUGUGCAGGUGGAAAGUCAAUUGGGGCUUCACCUAAAGUACCCAAAACAGGCUUAAAGGUGGGAUUACAUGAAGAUAUUGCUCUAUCAGCACCUCUUGAUCUUGUUAAGGUUUCUAUUUCAGGUGCAAUGCCGGUUAUGCCACCUCCAGCUACAAGUGAGGCACAAAUGAGUGCAGCCGGAGAGACAAUUGAGGCUUCGCCUGAAGUACCCAUAAAAGGUUUAAAGGAGGACUUACUCGAAGAUAUGGAUACGGCAACACCUCUUGAUCUUGUUACAGGCACCACAAUACUCAGUGGAGAUUAUGACUUUGGGAUCCUUGUAGGUGGUGACAGCUUAGCAACUAUGCCUGAUGGAACAAUAGAUAAAGAGCAGGUUCAAAAGGUUUUUCACUUGGGUGGUGAUCCACGAAGUUAUAUGUUAUACGGUGCAAGUGGAACCUCGUGGUAUUGCACGCGCGUCUGCGAGUAUUUGAUCACUCAGAUUGCAAAUAAACAUAGGAAGGGGAGAGUUUUAACGUCAAAAGAGGGUGCAAAAUAUGCGAAGAGGUUUCUUAACAUCCCAGUAGAGAUAUUGGAGAAGUAUGUACCAGGAGAUUUGGAGUUUGAUGCAAUGACUUGUGGGGUAACACUUGGUAUGUUUGAGCCGGAGAAGAAACCGAAGUCGAUGAAGAAACAUAAGUCAAAGAAGAGAACACAUGAAGAGGUUGAAGGAGAAGAAGGUCAGCAAGCCAAGUUUGAUCCUGGACAAUAUUUUACGUCUACAGAAUUUAUCACCACAAGAAGAGCAGGAUUGUAUUUUAUAGGCAAGGACGAAGAAAUCACCAAAGUUGAAAAAUUUAAGGUUGAUGGCCAUGAAGAUGGCAAGGCUGAGAGUUAUCUCGCAGAUAAUUAUAAUCGUACUCAUGCUCUGGAAACGGCUGUUAUGCAUAUGGAAGAAGCUAUGGUUGAGGGUUGCGAGUCUGGAAAUAGUGGAGGCCUUAUUACGAUUGAUUGGAUUGACCACAACAAUACAAUCACGAAUGUCUGCAAGAAAGAUAUAGAACAAUUACGUCAAGAAAAGCUUCAACGCGAAAAAGCAUUUUACGAUGCUAAUAGUAAAAGAGAAAUAAUACCCGUUGAAGCGACGUACGACAUGUGGGGCUAGGCACAUGUUAUAGAGAUCCGGGGAGUUGAUGAUUGUUGAAGACAAUUGGAAGAGACAAAGUUGGUGGAUGAAUCUGGACUCUCACUGUUACCCUGUCAGAAAUACGUUGUUUUGGUCAGUCAGCAUUAGGUGAUCUUGGUCGUAUCUGUCUUACGUUGUAGUAUACAAUCUAGAUUAUUUUGUCCUCUGCAAUUGUGGUUCUUCUAUUAGGACCGAUUAUGAACUUCUCUAUAUCUUGACUGGAAAGUUUUAAACUUGUGUUAUGCUCAUGGUGACUGUUGGUCUGCCUUUCUUGGAAAUCUUGUUAAUGGACAAAUUUUGUCUAUGGC